ACGUAUAAUCUGUUACACAUUUUAUCAUCACAAAAGCUCUGAAAUACUAAUUCUGCGCAAUUAAUUUGCUCAUAUUUGUUUAAAAUCACUAUUUUACGAGUUUAGUGAACGUUAUCAGCUCAGUUGUUAUGCGCAGAGACGUGAAAACGCCAUGUUGGUUGAAAAUAAUAAGCCCCAAGGGAAUAUGCCAUUUUAUCGACAAAAUUGACUUGAGCGUGUAUUUCGUGCAUUGAAUAUCGCUGGUCGAGUAAACGUUGCAAAGUGCAGUAGUUGCAAUAUAACAGCGCGCCUACGUCGCAAGCGACCAUGGAGCCUCAACCAGAGCCAGCGCCCCCGCCCAAAGACAUGAAGUUCAUCUCUGUCACCAGCGACGCUCUCACCGACGAGCAGCGCGAGAUGUACGAGUCAGUCCUCGCCACGUGGAAGCCCGUGCUCUUCCCCAAGCGCGCCAAGCGAUACAUCUGCAACAAGUGUAAUAAAGAGUUCAAAAAUUACCAAAACCUUUACCUUCAUACCACUAGAGUACAUUCAUCUGAGGAAUCCGCAGUCUUGUGCGAUAUUUGUGAUAAAACCUUCAAAAAUAAACACUAUUUAUACAUGCAUAGGAUGAAUAAGCAUUAUUCUGAAGAAGAAAAAUGCUACUGCCAAUAUUGCUUACAGGAAUUCAGGACUAGACGCGCUUUGCAUAUGCAUGUAAAGAGGAUUCAUCCGGCAACCCUACCGGAGAUCAAAUGCCAGGAGUGCGGGAAGGAAUUUAAUGUUCCUUACAAGUUGAAAUACCAUAUCGAUAGAUGCCAUAGGCUUGAUAAAGAUAAAUAUAAGUGUCCAAUAUGUGAAAAGGUUUAUAAAAGCCAUUUGAAUUUAAACAGACAUCUGCAUUUCCAGCAUUCGCAAGUUGAAAGACAUCCUUGCGUGUUCUGUGAUAUGACUUUUAAAUCGCGUCAUCAUAUGAAACGACAUAUUUUAAACAUACACCCGCCCUUAGAAUCUAAAGUGCAAUGUCCUGAAUGUUCUAAAGAGUUCAAAAACGACCAAUACUUGAAAGAACACAUGCAGGUUCACUCUUCCUUAGACACUAAAGUCAAGUGCGAUUUGUGUGACAAGUAUUUUCAUUCCGCCAUUCGUCUGAAGAAGCAUAAAAAGAUAGUUCACCCAGAUAAGCCUAAAAUACGUUGUGAGAAAUGUGACAAAGAAUUUGCUCACGCGCAUUAUUUGCGGCGACAUAAUAAUUCCGUUCAUGUAGAAUUGAAAGAAUCCGAUUACCAGCAUGAAUGCGAGCAGUGUGGGAAAAAGUUUAAAAUAAAAAGAUACUUAAACAACCAUAUGCAGAGGCAUGAGCAGCAGCAUUUGAAGAGGAUAUCAAUGAUGGUGAAGACGGUGAUGGAAGAUGGGAAGCCGGUUGUGAGAAAGAGAGGGAGGAAGCCUAGGCAGCCGCCGAAAGAGAUAGAGUUUAUAAAGUGUGAGCCCGUCUCUAGUUCUGAGUCGUCGGAUGACGGUGACGAAUCGGACUCUGAGUAAAGUUAGAUAUUCUAUAUCUAGCUUAUCGUUGAACAGUUGCUAAUACCAUGCUGCUAAGGAAACUAAAGUGAAGUUCAAUAGAAAUUGCAAAUGCCAACAAAAUAUAACAGGUUUUCAUUAUCAUAUAUAUUCAAGGACAGGCCUUACGGGCACUAAGAACGGUGCUAGUUCAGUGGUGUCACUCACGAAUUCGAGCCAAUCGUGCGGUCUAAUGCAACUAGCUGUGACCAAUCGCGCGCGUGAUGCGAACUCAUCAACCAAUCGCGUUGUGGCGUGAGACUGCACGAUUGGCUCGAAUUCGUGAGCGUGACACCGCUGUACUGGCCCCAUUCUUAUUGCCCGUAAGGCCCGUCCCUAGAUACAUAUGUCAAUGCAGAUUUGGUUAGCAUUUGACAUAUAACUUAAAAUUCUUACGAAGGUUGUUUUCACUGAAAUAUUAAUAAUUAACAUAUAUUUGGACUAAAACUAAUAUAAAUUAAUAAAAUAUUUAAGUAUAUUAACUGUUGUUAAGGUCAUGGUUGUCAUUAAAAAGUGCGAGAUUACGAAGUAAUGAAGGUAAAUUGGUUUUGUUGACAUUAUUUGACAUUUAUAUUGAACUUCACUAUAGAUUUUAUUAUUCUGAUGAUUGCAUAUAAUGUAACUAUUAUUAUAAAUAUUUAUAAAUGAAUAAUUUAAUUGCAAGUUGUGUAUUAAGGAUACCAUUUAGAGUUAAGUACAUACAUACAAUGGCGGUGCGUCCAUAGAACUCGAUUACCAGCUUGCCAAUAUCCUAUCUCGGUUCGUCUUAUCCUAAAAUUCUCGAAGAAGAAGGUCCGGUUUUGCCCAACGGAUAUAGUGGACGCGCCGCCACUGGUACCUAUAAAAAUAAUGUAAUGGAUGUGAUAUUUCAGAUAUAAAAUUAGCAUAAAUAAUUAUGUUACUGUUCACCUUUGGCAGUGGCGACAAAACAGCACUUUCUGACAAGUUACUAUACUUAUUAAUUACAUAUUUUUAUUUUGUUGUAAUUUUUUUUUCGUUAGAUUUCGAUAGGAUUUGAUGGAUAAAUAGUUUCCUAUUAUGUACAUAGGUAAUAAGCGUAAUUUCACUGUAUGUAUUUAAACAUCUUCACUGAAAUUAGAGGUCUGCGCUGCAGCUCAAAACAUCUGUGGCGGCGCGCCAGCAUUUACACCCGGCGCGGCGCCGCAGAAAUAAUGUUUUUAAGUUCGCAAUAAUUAGGCUGCGCAGCCUAAUUAUUAUUGUUGCUCGCGCUUGAGAGAGGCACGCCGGCAAUAGAUUUUCCUACAACAUCGAUGGUCUAAGCUGACAAAGUGACCUUGAACGCGCUUCACGUGCCGCAGCGGACGAUAUUUUCAAAUUUAGUUUGAAAUUUUGAGAUCGGCGUGACUUUUGACGACCCGGUUGCGGCGGCCGCGGCGCGGUUGCGUGGCGCGGACCCAAAAAUUACCACCACCCAUUUUUAUCUAAAUGUAACGAAAAAUAUCGACCCUAAUAUGCGAGAACGACGGCUGUUUGUUAUUUUGUAUGAAUGAUUGAGAAUGUUAAUAUUUUAUGUUUCCGUAAAAUAAAUCGUGAGUGCUUAUUUUAUAGGCAAUUUUAGCGUGCCGGCACGUUUGUGGUUUUAAAGUAGGUAACUAUAUUGUUAAAAAUCUUGGUGUGCAUUAAAUGGUUAGCAAAAUG